AUGACUAAUGAAAACAUAGUUGACGGUUGUGUAAUGAAUAUUGAAACAAAUAAUGAAAAGAGUUUACUUGAAAAAUCUCUUGAAGCACAAAUAGAACUUCAAUUUAAGCUAAAUGAACAAAUAUUCAUUAAUGAACAGUUGCGAUUGAAACUAGAAAUUGAACGAAAGAAGUCGGAAGUUCAAGUUACAGUUUCUUCUUCUGACGAAUCAAUGAAAAGUUCCAAUACCGAAUCAAUAGUUCGAAGACGAAAUUUCAAAGAAAAUUUGGAAACAAACAGCAAUGUUCUUAUGCAGUACAAAUACGACGACCUUAAGAAAUCUCAAAGCAAAGCCAUUAAGAAUUUAUACAGAAAAAACAAACAAGUAAAAAAACUUUUGAAAGAAGUUGAAAUAGAAAAGUUCAGAAAUAUUCAGUUGACCGAAGAAAAUUUAAGAUUGAAUAAGAAAGUUGAGCAUCUUUGCUUCCGAUUUCUUAGUUUAAUGGAUCGAAGGGUUGAAGAGAGAAUGAAAUUGGAAGAAAGAAUUGAAGAGUUAGAAGUCAAACUAAUUAACUUUUAUGUUGUUGGUGAUGGAUGUUCAUCAUAA